UCGCCACAGAUAGCCGCUCCGAACCACGGGUCGUGGCGACCCCCCGACUCAGGACCAUGUGGAUGUUGGCCGCCCUGCUCGUGGUCCUGGCGACGGAGACCCUGUCCGAGCAGGAGUCCGAGGAGUGGCUGCUGGCCCUGAGGAACGAGUCCAAUCAGCUGCUCUACUGCGGCAAGAAGUCGUACUGCUCCAGGACUGUCUACGACGACGUCGAGUUCGACGCCAGAUGCCACUGCGAACCCGAGUGCGCGGCGUUCCGCGACUGCUGCGUGGACCGGGCCGUGAGAGACGACGCAGCUGCCCGAGAUGAUGUCGUGAGGGGCAUCCCCGUCGACAGGUGGGGCUGCGGACUGUUCGCCCACAACCUGGUCAAGGUCAAGCCGUUGGGCAUACCUCAGUACGUGAGCAUGGUGAUGCGGUGCCCCAGCGGUCACCGGCUCUCCGGGCUGUGCCACCGCCGCUCUGACGACCCGGGCGGCUACAGCUACCUGCUGGACGUGGCCGUGCUGGGGGAUCUCUCGGGGAUCUGGUACCAGAACAUAUACUGUGCCGCCUGCCACAACGAGUCCCAGCUGAGGUCCUACAGACCCAAGCUCGCCUGCAGCGACCCAGAUUUGGACGUCCACGAGCUGAUGGAGCAGGCCACAUAUGUGCCCGGCAACCUGACAUGGGUGUUCGCCAAUGGCUCGAUGUGCCGUCUUGAGCCGACCUUGAACAGCACAGGGCCCAGUGACGUGGGGUGGCUCCGGUCCUGCCCUGGCGGCAUGGUGGAAGGAUGCCCUGCCGACGCGGACCCUUCGCUCGCCGAGAAGUGCCGAUCCUACGCGCUCUUCUCCAUGGACGAGACCAAGACUCAGAAAUACAAGAACCCGCACUGCGCGCUGUGCCACGGCGUGCGGGCCAAGUGCGGGGACAUGUUCACGACGCGGUCCAACGUUCCUGGGGGGCCCUCGCUGAGCUUCGUGAUGGACGUGGGCUGGGAGCGGUCGUCGCGGCCCGACCCGUCGUGGGACUGCGAGCCGCCGCGCGGGCUCUGGGACUUCCUUCAUGGCCGCUGCCUCGCGCUGGACGCCUCCUGCGACGGCGACCGGUGCGACCCUGAGGAGUACGGUGACGGCGACGGUGACGACGGCGGCGGCGGGGACGACUCCCCUGGCGCCUGCGUGAGGAUCACCCUGGUGCGCCACGAGUACCGCGACCUCCCCGGCGGGGGGAUCGCCCUCAACUCCUCCCUCUUCGACGUCUUCGGCGACCACGAGUUCCAGGAGGGCCAGUUCCAGCGGCUGCCCAACGGAUCCAUCGCCGUCUGCCGGUCUCUAGUGGAGCAGGUCCACGAGGAGCUUGUGUUCUACCUGAGCGCGGCCCAGGUGUACAUCACCGUCGUGUGCCUGACGGUGUCCGCCGUGUGCCUGGCUCUGCACAUCGCCACCUACUGCCUACUGCCCAAGCUGUGCAACCUGCCGGGCAAGAACCUCGUCGCGCUGUCCUGGGCGCUGCUCCUGGCGCAGCUUCUGCUGCUGCUAGGGGUGCGCCCCGCCGUGGCAGUCCCGCGCGCACUCUGCGCCGCCAUCGCCAUCGCCUUGCAGUACCUCUUCCUGGCCGCCUUCUGCUGGAUGGCCGUCAUGAGCGCCGACAUCUGGCGCACCUUCAGCUCGUCGCUGGCGCACGUCAACUCGGCGCGCGCGCACCGCAAGUACGCAUGCGUCGCCUGGGGGGUCCCCGCCGCGGUGUGCGCCGCCACCUUGGCCGCCGACCUCGCCGACCCGGGGGGAGCCCUCGCGCCGAACCUCGCCGGGGCGCGCGGCGUCUGCUGGUUCGGCAGCCGGCGCGGCCAGGCGCUGUUCUUCACGCUGCCCGUCGUCGCCCUGCUGGUGGCCAACGCGGCGCUGUUCGGCGCCACCGUGUACCGCCUGCACCGUCACACGCGCGACAACUACCGCUACAUCCGGCGCAAGAACAAGGAGGAGCUGUCGGCCACCUUGUCGCGCAGCUCUGGCGUGUGUUCGGGCGCGCCUGCCCAGCCCCCGGCCGCCCAGAAGCCGCCGCCCUCCGCGAGGGGCGUGGCCGGCAGCCGGGACGAGGCGCGGCUCUACCUGUACCUGAAGCUGUUCGUGGUGAUGGGGAUGACGUGGACCUUCGGCUUCCUGGCGACGCUGGCGGACGCCCCCGCGCUCAUGUACCCCUUCAUGGUGCUGAACGGCAUGCAGGGCGCCUUCAUCUUCCUCAUGUUCGACCUGAAGCGCAGCAUCGGCCGCAUGCUGUGGGAGCGGCUGUGCGGGGGCAGGCGGGCCGCGCCGGCCUUCCUCGACUCCAGGGGCGGCGGCGGCGGGGGAGGCGGCGGCGGCGGGGGCGGCCGGGGCAGCGGCGGCGGGGGAGGCGUCAACAACAACAGCAGCAGCUCCGGCCACCAGAAGAAGACCUCCGCCACGUCCAGCUCGCUGCUGUCGAGCGGCGCGUCCAGGCCUCCGAGCGCCGCCAUGGUGGACCCCCGGGUGUCGGCCUCGCCCUGCCCCGACGAGGAGGCUACAGCGGGGCUGGCGGGCAGCAGGACCUCCGCCGUGGCGCUGCUGUCGCCCCACCGCCGCCGGCAGCCGCCGGAGGAGGGCGUCUCCGGGGUGCGCGGCCCGGAGUCCUGGCUGCGGCGGCUGUCGCAGUCGGAGGUCACGUGAUCCCCCCUGCACCCCCCCUGUGCCUCCCGCGGCCCCUUCGCGGUCCUCGCUUCCGCCACGACGUGUUCCAGGGGCUCCGCCCCGCGCCGGCGUGGCCGCUCGACCCUCGUACCUGCUAACUCGGUGUUCCCUAGCCUCUGCUGCCGGGGAGACACUCGCGCUCUCACCCCGCAGCCAUUUUAGUUUUUGUUUUGUUUUGUUUUGUAAAUAGAACAGAAAAACAAUAACUUGAUGUAAGUUUUUGGACAUACUCCAUUGCUAUGGCGUAUGCAUUAGCAAUGGCGUAUGUCCAAAAACUUACAUCAAGUCAUGCACUCCCAUUGCACAAAUCUUUUAAAGAUAACAGAAAAAUAAUAAUAACGUGAAAUCACGGAUGUCUGAAAAUUAUGUCACGUUUCCGUGAAAACAACUGGAGUAGCUUGGCUUCCUGGGCGAAUUAAUUCACCCGAACGUUUCUUGUCGACAUUUCAGUCGCCCGUCAUCAGUUAGGUUAGCUAACUGCUCCCUGAUGAUGGCGAUCCGCAACGUCGACCGGAACGUUCGGUGAAUUAAUUCCCUCCAGGACGCGGCUACGCAACCCGGAAGCCAGGCCACUUCAAACAAUGGCCGUGAAAGCCCUGCGAACAUUAAAAAAAAAAAAAUUGUUUGCUGUAAUGCUGUUGUUCCCCAGUACCUCCGGUAGUUAAAAAAGCCAUUCGCAAACCGUUCCCUGAAUAACUUUCAAGAAUUAACCGCGCACGUUAACGGUAGAGACCUGAAAAAUUCGCGGGUUCAUUCCGUGUUAUGCUAAAAUUCAAAUAAUUAUACCUUAGUGCGGCUUAUGCCAUUGGUUCACUGUUAAUCUGGAGGACUGAGGGCCAAUUAGAGACCCUCACUCAUAGAAGUGUCGAAUCACAGGUUACGCAGUCGAGACGACUCACAAGUCAGCAGGCAAUGUAUAGUUGGCAUUUGCCCGAGUGAGUAGAGGAUAUUGGAGUCUAUCCUGAAGUUCAUUGAACCCGCGAAUUUUUCCUGUCUCUAGUUAACGGGCACGGUAAAACAAAAUAAUGUCCAAUUAUGGAAUAUCCCGAAGUGUUAUAUCGAAAAAAAAAUGUAUUUCACAUGUACGUGUACAAAGUUUCUUACAGUAUUGCAAACUAUUUCUUGGCAACUGGUUUUCUGUGCAGCUUAGAAUUCAAACACAUGUCGGUAUUCUUUAAUUUAAUGACUUGACCACGUCCAGGUAUACCCUGGGACAUUAAUAGACAGGGAUAAGAAGUGUGAACCAAUUACGUGCAACAGGUUAUAGACUAAAAAAUUGAAAACCCUCUGAUUUCAGGGCAGUAACCAAUGAACACACUCGUUAUGCCACUCGAGUAUGAACAAGGUUUCCACAUUUUUUACUUCAGAAAAUUUACUUCAUUUUUUUUCUCUUUUUCCCGUUACACCUAAAAAAUGUUUACCUGUUGAUGAGUGCUGCCAUCUUCAUGUUGAGUUCGGAAACUUUUCAGACUACCCUCAUGAAGAGGAGUGGUGCAAACACAGCUUUAAUGGUACAUCCCAUGUGGCCAAUUAGGCAAUUAGCUUUGCAAGCAUAUUCAUUACAGACUCGGGGCUUUGUAAGUUAUGCUUGUGCUAAGGUAGAACCUUCGCCCUUUGUCUUGCCGCGUUAACGUGAUGCCUAAAGCAAUCAUUACUGUGUGCUUGAUGUUCGAGGAACUCAGUUUAUAAUGCAUUCCAACUAAAUUUAAAUUUAACAUUCAGUAAUUAACUUCUGAAAAUGUCCCUGUUAGUAUCUGUGUAGAACAUCAACUUAAAUAUAAUCUACCUAGUACCUUCUCAAACUGACUAAGUAAUCAGAAAAUAUGUUUUGAAUUUUAAUGUCUUUUUGACUCAAUGGAAAAAAAAAACCACAGCAAAGAAUUUAAAAUUUUCAUUUUAUUUGGAAUGCAUUAUACUUACUUGUUAUGAUAAUAUGCUUAUUCUGGCUCAUGUAACUUCAGACAAUGUUUUAAUGGCAUAAGAAAAUAACAAAGAAGUUACAAGAUCAAGUUUCUCUUACAGUUAAUGUAAGUCGUGUUAGUGUACAUGGAAGUUCUGGUUUUAUGUUAAGAUUGCGUUAUGUGAAGGUAAAAAAUAACCGUCAUUUAUCAAGCACGAUGUUGGAUGGUUGGAAGUAAAAUAGUGUACGAUAGUUUGUAGUUCAAAGCUUAUUACGCUGCUGUGUGCAACACUAAGCUAAACCCAUUUAGAUUAGUUUUUUGUGCAAAGAAUCGUGAAUGUGGUUCUUACUUUGGUGUAAAUAAGUGUAAAAUAAACAUUUUGUGCAAGUUU